AUGGAGACCGAGUCCGGGACGCAAACAUCGAAUCAGAUGCAAACAGAUUCAUUAUCUCCAUCCCCUAAUCCUGUGUCACCUGUGCCUUUGAAUAACCCAACAAGUGCCCCAAGAUAUGGAACAGUGGUCCCUAAUCGCAUCUUUGUAGGAGGAAUCGACCUUAAGACAAAUGAAAAUGAUUUAAGAAAAUUUUUUUCCCAGUAUGGGUCUGUAAAAGAAGUGAAGAUUGUAAAUGACAGAGCUGGAGUGCCCAAAGGGUAUGGCUUUGUCACUUUUGAAACACAAGAAGAUGCACAAAAAAUUUUACAAGAGGCUGAAAAACUUAAUUACAAGGACAAGAAACUGAACAUUGGUCCAGCAAUAAGAAAACAACAAGUAGGGAUCCCUCGUCCCAGUGUAAUGCCAGCUGCUGGAACAAUGUAUCUAACAACUUCAACUGGAUAUCCUUACACUUAUCAUAAUGGUGUUGCUUAUUUUCAUACUCCAGAGGUAGCUUCUGUCCCACCACCUUGGCCUUCACGUUCUAUACCUAGUUCCACUGUGAUGGUAGCUCAGCCCGUUUAUCAGCAACCUGCAAAUCACUACCAGGCCCCUGCACAGUGUCUACCAGGUCAGUGGCAGUGGGGUGUUCCUCAGUCUCCUGCCUCUUCUGCUCCAUUCUUACACCUGCAACCUUCUGAGGUUAUUUAUCAACCAGUGGAAAUUGCACAGGAUGGUGGAUAUGUUCCUCCUCCGCUGUCUCUGAUGGAAGCUUCAGUUCCAGAGCCUUAUUCUGAUCAUGGAGUUCAAGCAACAUAUCACCAGGUUUAUGCUCCAAGUGCCAUUGCUAUGCCUGCACCUGUGAUGCAGCCUGAACCAAUUAAAGUAAGAAGUUUGUUUGGAUUUUUUUCUGUUAUUCUCAGUCAUAUUUCAAGUUUUCCAAAUUUUUCUUCUGAAAAGAAACAACUUUGGAUAUUUAUGUCACAUUUGCAAUCAGAAGUACAGAAUUAG